AUUUUCAUUCUUCUUCACUUGACGUCCAUUAAAUGUUUUAAAUGUUAAAAGUUAAAUUGUGUUCAAUUAAAAGAUGGACUUUAUACUAAGAUUAUUGCAAUUUAUUGUAAAAAUAGUUUAUAAUAUUGUCUAUGUUAUUUUAACUGUGAUUUUGCCACGCAAAAAGAAUGAACACAUUCCUACCAUAAAAGAUAAACUACUAACCAUUCCUCUGGUGGAAAUUAUUCAAUUAAUGCGAACUAAGAGGCUAACCUCUCAGCAAUUGGUCAAAGCCUAUAUUGAACGUAUCAAAGAAGUUAACCCGCAUAUAAAUGCCGUUGUCCAGGAUCGUUUUGAAGAAGCUCUGGCGGACGCCAAGCGAGCUGAUGACUUAAUAUUUAAAUGUGCCAAUAGCCAGUUAUCACAAUUGUAUGCCAGAUACCCUUUGUUAGGCAUACCGUUUACGGUGAAGGAGUCAUGUGGCUUGAAAGGUAUGUCUUUCGUUGUUGGUAGUCUGCAACGAGAUGGCAUGAAGGCCCAACGCGACAGUAUACCAGUGGAAAACUUGAAAUCUGCCGGUGCUAUACCUCUACUCGUUUCUGCCAAUCCCGAAUAUUGUUUUAGUAUAGAAACCAAUUCAUAUACAAAUGGAAAAUGUCUCAAUCCAUAUGAUGCACGGAGAACAUGUGGUGGCUCAUCUGGUGGUGAGGGCGCACUCAAUGGUAGCGGCUCAACAUUGUUUGGCAUAGGUUCCGAUAUUGCCGGCUCAAUACGUAUACCUAGUUUAUUUAAUGGGGUCUUUGGUCAUAAACCCACUGGCGGCUUAAUACCCAAUACUGAGGUAUUUCCUUCAUGUGACUCUGAAGAAUGUAACCAGUAUUUACAAACAGGUGUUAUAAGUCGAUUUGGAUCGGAUCUGGGUCUUAUACUUCAUAUAAUGGCAGGGGAGAAUGCUAGAAAAUUGGAAUUUGUACAUCCCAUUGAAACCAAGGACAUAAAGAUCUAUUAUUUGUUGGGCUUCAGUGGCCUCAAUGGUAUUUUACAUCACGGAGUUACAGCUGACAUUCAAAUUGCCAUUUUGAAGGCAGUUAAAUGUUUGCAACAAUCGGGAUUGACAACGGAAAUAGCUAAGAUCAAGGGUUUGGAAAAUUCCACAGAAAUCGCAUUUAGUGGCAUUGCACGUUUAAGACAGUUACCAUUGCUAAUGUCUGAAGAUACUAGUGUCAAGCAUUUGCUUAUCGAAUUGGUGAAGAGCUAUUGCAAAAAAUCUAAAUACACCAAGGAAGGUUUAACAUUUGAGCUUUUGAGGCGGACCAAUGCAUUUAUGACACCGGAAAAAUUAAUUAAGUACAAAGAGGAAGGUCAAAAAUUAAAGGAAGAGAUUAUAAAUGUAUUGGGCAAUGAUGGCGUACUUUUCUUCCCCACUUUCCCCGUCCCAGCAAUACAUCAUCAUACCUCAUCACUGGCCCAAUGGGCAAUUGACUAUUCACUGCUGUUCAAUGUUUUGGGUUUACCCUGUACACACAUUCCAAUGGGUUUAGAUAGUGAUGGAUUACCUGUGGGUUUUCAAAUUGUUGCUGCUCCUUUUAAAGAUAAACUAUGCCUACAAGUUGCCGGUGCCUUGGAGAUGGCAUUUGGUGGCUGGACAACGCCCGUCAAACAUGAGUUUGCCUAGGAUUUGACUGAAUUAUCUACUGAUCUGUCCAUAUGCCAAUAGCGAUAGGUUUAGUUAAAUCUUAAUAUGUGUUUUAAAUUUUUUAUGUAACGUUUUAUGGGGUAUUUGUAUUUUUUUCUAACACUUUUGUAUAGAGCAAGGAAAUUGCAAAAUAAACAACAAAAUACAAAUGAA